AUGACCCAGAUGACUAAUACUAAACCAGCUAUACCACACAACCCACCAAAAGGAGACUCCAUAAGAGUAAAACGCAAAUUUACUGGCAUUAGAAAGGAAACAAUGGUUUUGUCAGAUAUCUUCAGGGGACUAACCGGCCACUUAUCGAUAGUUCUGGCCCUGUUUGUGGCCCUAGCAAGCUUGGUGACCCUGACCAGUGCCAUGCCUGAGGCUAUCCCUAACCCCGUGGCUGACCCCGAUCCCUUCAAAUACAAAGGCGGCGGUGGAUUCUACGGAGGAGGAUUCCGAGGGGGAUAUGGAGGCUACAGGGGGCAUGGCUACGGAGGUUUCAAGCGGGGCUACGGAGGCUACGGAGGCUACGGAGGCUACGGAGGUUUCGGGAAGAAGCAUUUCGGGUAA